AAUUAUUUUAAAAUGUUGUGGACUUAAAAAAAACAGAGACGAAUGUUCGAGGCAGUCUGAAGUCUGAACUAGUCUGCCCUCAAUGGCCCUGGAAAAAACUGCCCUCAAUGGCGCUAGUGGGCAAACGUCCGCAAACGUUCGUUCCAAAGUCGGAGUGGCGCAACGGACAACGGACUUCGACUCGGAGACAGCAAUCACGCUGUAAUUUCAAGACGAACUUCUUAAAAUCGAGCAGGAGCAAUCACCGAAUCACGCCCGCUGCCUCAGUCCGACCACUGCCCGUUCCUUGAUUUUGCAAGGUCGACGUGCGCACGAUGGGUCUGGGAUUGGGAGCGCCGUUCUUCCUCCUCGUCCUUCUCUUGCUGGCCGCCGGCUCUGGAGCUAUGCCGCAGGACAAGAGGAUUCACAGGAAUUAUGUUCUUCUCGAUCUCGAUACAAUUGAGAUCCGCCCAAAUGGCAAGGAGGAAAUUAGCUCUAGCAAAAUUCAUGUCUCUGUUGAGAGUGGCAGCACAAUAUGCUCAACUUGCGAGAACUUGACAAAUAAAGCUGUCAGUUAUCUUAGUGAGAAACAAACACAAGAUGAGAUCAUGGAGAUUCUUCAUGGUGCCUGUUCUCAGACAUUCUCCUUAGAACAGAAGUGUCUUGAGAUGGUGGACUCCUAUGCAACUCUGCUCUUUGCCAAGGUAACUGAAAUCAAGCCAGACGAGUUCUGCAAACGGUAUGGCCUCUGCAGGGACGUAUCGUUUCUGUCUGUUGCGAAAAGUGAAAGCACUUGUGCAUUUUGCCACCACCUCGUCGAUGAAGUUCUCUCGAAAAUGAAAGACCCUGACGCGCAGUUUGAGAUACUUCAACUUCUCAUCAAGGAGUGCAACAAGGUUAAAGGUCAUGUGCAGGAGUGCAAGAGAAUGGUUCUGGAAUACGUCCCCCUCAUCCUGGUCAACGGCGAGAAGCUCCUCGAGAAGAAGGAUGUAUGCACUCUUAUGCAAGCCUGCGACGCCAGCAAAACGAGGGCCGGCGGAUCGUUCUUCGAUGGGGAACUGCGGAGCGAUGCUUGAUGACAGAAACACACAUCACUUGUAGGAAUGGUGGAAACAGGGUGAUGAGGUCCUUGUUGUACAUAUAAGUUGGCUCUGUUCUUUGGAACGUCCUUAUACUAGUAUUAGGGAGGGGUACGAAGAGAUUGCGCAACACUCUGUCAAGUUAUUGUGUAUGAGCUCGUGCUACUACUACUAUUUAUAAAAACCAACAAAGGUCAUACCUUUUUUUUUACAAUCAA